UAUCUUAUCGUUCUCUGUUGUAGACUGUAUUGCGUUUCUCGAUACGCAAUUAGCUUAAAAACAUUUGACAUAAUUAAAGUGGUAAAUAGCAAGAAAACGGAAUUUACGAUAAUUCUGUUUGCAAAUUACGUUCCCUCUGGCCAAUUAUUCAGCCACCGCGUGCGGGCAAAGCGGACCUUGAAUCAAAGUAUGACUGAUGCAACGCUUCAAUCAACGCCAAUAAAUGCCACUGACUGGUGGAGUGCAAUUAGGAAGGGUACGGUAGCACAUAUUUUCCAGUCAGCGUAUAACGAAGAAUAAUUGUAAAUGACGGACCGUUAUGAAUCGCCCGAGGUGAAGAUCGUACUGACUAAGGAAGAGAUUCACAAGAGAUACCAAGACGCAGCCCUAACUAUAUUUCAAGAACAGCAAAGUAAGAAGGAGGAAGUUGUAAACUAUUUAACUUUUGGAACGAGCCGCAGAACCAUGGAAUACAGUAAUUACGGAAACCAUCCUGUUAUUGUGCGGAGACCAACAGGCUCUUUGGUAACUCGCAACGAUAGUACCAUAUCUUCGCAAAUAUUGAGGAUAUAUCGAAAGCCUCGGGAUAGUUGUGCAAUAAAUUAAUUUAUGAUUCAAUUAUUAUUCUCGAUUGUAAAUUAAAGGACCGUUUCUUUAUUUUACUGUUUGGCAUCUUUAAUAUUCUUCCUAUCUUUGUUUCUCUCUCCUUCUAAACUAUGGCAUUAGUUCAUUUUCGUUUCGUUUCCGUGAAAAUAUUCGCAUUGAUUCUAUGGUAUCGAGUACAAGUCGCAAUACGUAUGUUUAUAUACAUAAAAGAUUGUUUAAAUAUUUAUAUAAUUAUAUUUAUACAAUUUAUGUUCUUUCGGAUAUAUUAUUAUUAAUUGAAUUACAAUUAGAUCGAUCUAUAAUGAAUGUGGUCCGAUGUCGAUCUGAUCUUAACACAGGUCCAAUGUUGCAAUUACGAUACAAUUUGCGUAUGUUCGUGCGUUACAAGAAUACAAGCAACAAUAAUGGCUUCAUAUUUAAUGGUUAUUCUUUUUUAUUUUUCUUUUUUUUUUUGUUUAAAGAAAUUAGAGUAACGUUACGAUGCUCUUAUAAAAUAAAUAUGCGAUAAAACACGUAAAGAUUAAAAAGAUCCAUAGCAAAGGGAUCUUAAUUAUGCUGCCAGUAAAACUGGCAAGAGAAAACAGCACUGAACUCACGGUUUAUGUUAGUUUCAUUG